CUAUUAUUGACAACGGCCAACGUUAUUAGAUUGCAUCAUGGCGUCUUCCGAAGGUACUGGAGUGACUACUGGUCAACCAAAUUUACACAAACAAGAUUUAUCUAAAUUGGAUGUUAAAAAGUUAACAGCGUUAUCUCCGGAAGUUAUUAGUAGACAAGCUACUAUUAAUAUUGGUACAAUUGGGCAUGUAGCCCAUGGUAAAUCCACUGUAGUUAAAGCUAUUUCUGGGGUACAAACUGUUAGAUUUAAAAAUGAAUUAGAAAGAAACAUAACAAUUAAAUUAGAUCAACUUCAGUUCGAUAAAAGUGGUACAGUCAUCACAUGGCCUAAAAAACUGAGAGGAAAAAAGGUAGACUUAAAAAAAGCGUUACAAGAUUGUGAAAAUUACAUAGAAGAAUCAAGUGGUGUGAAAAGGAAACUGGAGAAAAUUAGAAAAGUUAGACCUAAUUUGAAAAAUGCGACUUACAAAAAGGAAUUUGAAGUAGAAACAAUCUUAGCUCAGGAAUUCGAUGUUUCCUCUAAGACUCUUAUGUUUUAUGUGAAGUGGAAAGGAUAUCCUGUAGAACAGAGCACUUGGGAACCUUUAGAUCAUUUAAGGCACUGUCCGUUAGUUUUAACUCAAUUCUUAGCUAAAAGUUUAGGCUCUCAAGUACUUGAUACACUUUGUGAAAAACUGAAUAUAUCUAAUAGGUUAAAUGAUCAAAAUCUUGUAGAAGUUUUAAAAAUAACAAAUCUAGAUAUUUUACCAGCUAAAUUAGAUUUACAGGAGAAAUUGUUAAGGCUAAUAGCAACGCCCCCACAAGAGAGACAUAUUCAUAAAUUAGAAGAAGGCAAACGUGCCAUUUUACUUUAUCAGUUGGUUCUUAAGAGAGAAAUCCAAUUAAAAAAAUUGAAAGCUUGGGAGGAAAGCAUAAAUGCUUUAGACAAAGGAGAAGCUGUCAUUACUGUGGAAAAUACAGUAGAUUUAGAACACCCUCCUGAAGGUUUUACAUAUGUUAACGAAAAUAUAUCAUCACAUAUUUUACAAAUAUCGUCGUCACCUGAAAAAGGUUGUGAUUGUGAAGAAUGUGGACCGAAAUUGAAAAAUUGUUGCGGCAGGCAACCCCAUAACGGUUUUACUUAUAGAAAAAGAGGCAGAAUAAAUGUAAAUCCAGGCAUAGCCAUAUACGAAUGCAAUCAAAAAUGUAAAUGUGACACAAAUUGUAGGAAUAGGGUAAUACAAAAUGGGCGUAAAGUACCCCUGUGCAUUUUUAGAACAAUUAACGGAUGUGGAUGGGGUGUAAAAGCUCUUAGGAAGAUACAUUGCGGUGAAUUUGUUUGCGAAUAUGUCGGUGAAGUAAUAACCCACGAAGAGGCAGAAAUAAGAGGACGCACUUAUGACGAAGAAGGAAGAACUUAUCUCUUCGAUUUGGAUUAUAAUUCUAAAGAUAAUCCUUAUACAGUAGAUGCAGCUAAAUUCGGAAAUAUCUCGCAUUUUAUUAAUCAUUCUUGCGAUCCAAAUCUCGGCGUAUACGCAGUUUGGAUAAAUUGUCAUGAUCCUAAUUUACCCCGUUUGGCAUUAUUCGCUUUAAGAGAAAUCGAACGGGAUGAGGAAAUUACUUUUGAUUAUAUGAUGAAUAUUGACCCCGUUGUUCCUACAACUCCGGAAAAGUCAAGAUUUUUACAUACACCUGAUAAAAAUCAGAUACUUACCCAAGGUAGAAGUAUAUGUAAAUGUGAAGCAGAUUCCUGCAGGAGGUAUUUGUUUUAGAUCGAACUACCUAUCAUUUCAAAAUUGUCUAAUUAAAAAUCAAAAACAUUUUUAUUUUAAAUUCAAUCGUAUUUAUUAAUUUUUAUAAUAUAUUUUAUUAAGAAUGUAAUUUUAUUUGCUUGAAACCAAUAAAUAAUUGCUACUGGA